AUGAACAGCAAUCAGCUAAUCCAGAAGAAGUUGGCAGAUAUGAACACGGAGAUCGCGAUCGGUCUUCAGGGAUGCCUACAAGUUGGUCGGCUGCUUGACGAAGGCAAGGCGCCAGUGGAACUGAUCUCAAUGGUCAAGCGUAACUCGUGUGGCAAAGCAAUCGAGAUCGCUCGCAACGCUCGUGACAUGCUUGGCGGCAACGGCGUCUCGGACGAAUACCACAUCAUCCGCCACGUCGUCAACCUGGAGGCUGUCAACACAUACGAGGGAACCCAUGACGUGCACGCUCUCAUCCUUGGGCGUGCCAUCACAGGCCUGCCUGCUUUCGUGCCUCGCAUGGCUCCAUAG